AUGGCUUCCUUUUCCUACACAUCAGUUAUCCAGCUCUAUGAUGAGUGGCUCAAGAAAGGAGACCCGCGGGUGGGAGACUGGCUGCUGAUGUCUUCUCCAUUGCCCCAGACUGUCAUCACUAUAGCAUACCUCUGCUUCGUCAUUUCUUUGGGCCCACAGUUAAUGGAGAACCACAAGCCCUUUGAUCUUAAGAAAGCCAUGUUCAUCUACAAUAUCUGCAUAAGUUUUUUCUGUCUCUAUAUGUUCUAUGAGUUUCUCAUGUCUGGUUGGGCAACUGGAUAUUCUUACAGGUGUGACAUUGUUGACUACUCCAAUUCUCCCAAAGCUCUUCGGAUGGCACAGACUUGCUGGCUGUACUACUUCUCCAAGUUUAUUGAGAUGUUGGACACGGUGGAUUUCAUUUUUAGCUUUUCUUGCCCUUAUCGGAAAAAGACGGUUCAACUUACAUUCCUUCAUAUCUACCAUCACAUUGUGGCAGCGUACACCUGGUGGUUUGUUGUCAAAUUUGCUGCAGGUGGCAUGAGUACCUUUCAUGCCCUGAUAAACUGCGCUGUGCACGUCCUCAUGUACUCCUACUAUGCCCUCGCUGCCCUGGGACCUGCCUACCAGAAGUACCUCUGGUGGAAGAAGUACAUGACCGUUAUUCAACUGACUCAAUUUGUAAUGGUGAUUAUACACCUCAGCCAAUUCUUCUUCAUAGAGGACUGCCGUUUCCAGGUCCCCUUGAUACUGUACAUUUUAUACCUGUUGGAAUUCAUCUUCCUGGGGCUGUUCCUUGAUUUCUACUACCAUGCCUACAUGAAAGGCAAGAGGAAGGCAAAGGUUGCACUUGUAUAG